AUGUGAAUAAUCAUCAUAUAUAUUUAUAUUGAAAAUUAUUUUAAUAAUUAUUAUAAUGAUAUUAUAAUGAUAUUAAUUAAAUAAUAUUGAAUAUAUUGUUUUAUUAUUUUUUUAUCGCAAUAAAAAUUUUAUAUUCAUACAUAUACACACACACACAUACACACACAUAUAUAUAUAGUUUAAGAAAAUAUUUAUAUUAUUAAUUAAUUAAAUGUUAAUAUGUAUUGCUUAAAUAAAUAAAAUAAAUUUUUACUACUUUAUUAUAAUAUUAAAUUAAUAUUAAAAUAUUUUAAAUAAUUUAAAAUUAAAAAAUAUUUAUAGUAAGUGGUUUAAAAAUAUUAUAUUAUAUAAAUUCAUAAUAUGUAAUUAAUUUAAUCUAUAUUUUUUAUGUUGUACAUUCCAUAAUAACAUAAUAUUGCAAUAAAAAUGUAUAAAAAUAACAAAAAAAUAUAAAAUAUUAAAUUUGAUAUAAUCACAUUUAUACUUUAAUAUUAUUAUUAAUAUUAUUAUUAAUAUUAUUUAUAUGUAUGUAAUUGUAUCAUUACAUACAUAUAAAAUUAUUCAAAAUUGACAUGUGUCAAGUAUUUACGUAAACGAAUGUUCAAUAUUCAAUAUCGAUAGUAAUCAAUUUAUAUUUUGCGAUAAAAACUUUUAUUAAAGAUUUACUCAGUGUUAUCACAAUAUUUUUCGUAAUUUAUUCAAAAGAUUUAAGGUAUUAAAUAUUUUUGAAUUCAUAUAAAGUUAUAUUAUUUAGUGGUGCACAAUUUAUUAAAAAUCCUGUCAAAAUGAUGGAAGAUAUGCAAGAAGAGACCCAAUUUGUGGUCGAUGAUGUAAGCAAAAUUAUUAAAGAAGCAAUUGAAGUAUCUAUUGGAGGAAAUGCUUAUCAACAUAGUAAAGUAAAUCAAUGGACAUCAAAUGUUGUUGAAGCAUGUUUGGGAAAUCUUACAAAACUUCAGAAACCAUAUAAAUAUAUAGUGACUUGUACUAUAAUGCAAAAAAAUGGAGCAGGAUUGCAUACUGCGAGCUCAUGCUAUUGGGAUAAUGCUACUGAUGGUAGUUGUACAGUGCGUUGGGAAAACAAAACAAUGUAUUGUAUUGUUUCUGUAUUUGGUUUAGCAAUUUAAUUAAUUGAUUUUAGUAAUUCACAUACAAGCAAAAGCUUCUGAUAAAUAUAUUAAAUAUAUAAAAAAUAAUAAGUAAUAAAAUUUCAUCUAAUAAGUUAAAAAAUUAUAGUAAUUAUGGUGCAGGAAAUAUAAAAUCUAUUUUACAUAAUAGCCUUUUUUUUUUAGUAAUAUGAUGUAUUUUUUAUAUUGCAAAUACAUUGCAUUUAAGACAUUAA